ACCAUGAUGUUAGUUAAACUAAACAUAAGAGGGCACAUAUACAAAGAAAACCAGAUAUGAAAAGUAUCAAAAUGCGCAAACAUUGGUUUAUGCUAAGAGGACCACAGUGUUAACCAAGAUAACCAAUAAUAUAUUCAACACAAGAGUUUGUUCGCAUAUGUCUCCACCCCCUUCCUGCCUUCCUUCCUUUUGCCUGUAAAGAAGACACUUGAUGACCAGAUAAAGAUUGAACAGAAGAGAGAGAGAGAGUGAUUCCCCUGAAACUCAUGUGUACAGAAUGACCUCCAAACAUGAAGUUUCCACCCACCUUGAGAAAACUACAGUGGACAUUGAUGCCAUCAUGGAUAAUGUUACCAUUGUCCUCUACACCAUCACCAUUCUCCUGGGCAUCACUGGGAACUCUGUGGUCAUCUGGGUUGCCGGCUUCCGUCUGAAGCCCAACGUCACCAACGUGUGGCUGGUCAACCUGGCCGUGGCCGACCUGAUUUUCUGCUUUACACGCGUCACGUCACUUCUCAAGAAGCUCUUUUUUGACCACUGGCCUUUUGGAGUCUUCCUCUGCAAGUUCAAUGGCUUCUUCAAGUAUGCCAACAUGUUCUGCAGUGUUUUUUUGCUGGCCGUCAUAAGUUUGGAUCGAGUGCUCUGCGUGUGGCGUCCGGUGCUCACCAGGGAGAGACGGACAUUGUGUGCGGCACGUGUGGUCAGUUUGGGGGUUUGGAUUGUGGCAAUGACCUUCAGUUCGCCGUACUUUGUGUAUCGGGAGGUCUACCUGGGCGAGAAAAACUUGAGCAAGUGCUCACUGGAGGUAAAAGAAGCAUCGAAGAACGAUAACACAGCCAAAAACGCCCUGUACAGCAUUCGCUUCUUAUGUGGAUUUCUCUUGCCCUUCCUGGUUAUCCUCUGCUGCUACAUACUAGCGGGCGUUGGAAUACGCAGAACACGUCUCUCCGGUAAAUCGCGACCUAUCCGGAUCCUAGCAGCAUUGGUCUGUUCGUUUUUCUUGUGUUGGGCACCUUACCACUGCCUGCUGCUUGCCAAAAUGGUGGAUAAAAAGAGCCAUGCAGUUAAAGUGGGCCUGCCCAUCGCUAAGGGCUUGGCGUAUUUCAACAGCUGCAUAAAUCCGAUGCUGUACUUCUGCAUGGGACUGGACGUUAGGCAACGCUUCAGGCAAAGUCUGUCAGGUAUUUAUCGCAGGGCAUUGAUGGAAGAUGGCCAAACUUUGCAGUCUCAAGAGGGCACCGUUGAAGAAGAUAGCUGUAACUCUGUUUCAAAGACUAAAGUGCGAGACAGACCCGAGGGUGCAAGACAUGUUUAAUCAAGUUUUUCUUGUUUGUAAAUCAUGUUUGUUGGAUGACUAUAUCAUCUUUUCAUUUUAAAUACCCUUCUUUUUGUCAUUUCUCUAUCAAUGCUUCUAGAGUCGAGACACUUUGGACUCCACUAUUGACAUUUGUGGUUAAAUGGUGCGUAUAAAACAUCAAAUGAAAUAUUAAGAUUACUUUUCACGCUCCUUAUCUAUGUGAGCUUUUGUAACAAAUGCAAUUAAUUCAAACCAUCUUUAGAAACAGUUCUUGUACUAUUUCCAGCUGGUAUCAGAUAACAAUAUUACUUGUAUUUAAGUAAAAAACCACCUGAUCAUUUGUAGAUAUUUUUACUUUUAAUGUCAGAGAAAAAUGCAAAUCAGCUGACUUUAAUUGUAUUAGUUUUCAUAUUUGAUUGUGCAGAUGACUGUUGAAUAUUGAGAGUUCAAUAUUAAGGAAUGUUUUCUUUGCCCUAAUUUGGAUGGUAGUUAUUUUUUACUGUCAUUGAAUAGUAAAAUGUGUACAGAUAUAUAAUUCCUUGAUUUUGGAGUUUGCUUUCUUUACCUUGGAUCUCAUCUUUCGCGUUUUACUUAAAAGCUUUAUAAUUGACAAACAUACUUCAUUGUACUAUUACUAAAUACUAUUGUGAGCUGACUCAGAAUCAAUAAACAUGUCUUCUUUUGUCUUGAUUUAAUUAAAUGUUUUUAUUUUUUAACAGCUUCAUGAACUGCCAUUCAAAAGAAUUAUGCCUCAUUUUACUUCAAAGGUGU